UUUGAAGGGCUUUCAGAGGACCGUCUUCUGUUUGAAAGGCUGUCCUGUCCAAAUCCAAUUAAUUUGCUGUAAGAAGAAGAGACAUGGACAUUGCCUAUGAACACCUGGACAAGAGGAAGGAAGCAAUACUGGAGGUUUUCUGGGCACAGUGUUCCCUACUGUGGGGGAGAUGUAUUGCAAUUUGAUUUAAAUAAUAUAGUAUUUAUCUCUGCUUUCAUCUGUAUCUAUCAAGUAGCACAUGCAAGUUGUAUGGAAAUUAGCGCCCCCUUUUUGCCAGUAUAAAAGGCUGGUUAAUGAUAGCAUGCACCUUCUUGCUGUUCAGUUUGACUUCAUGGAGCAACCAGAUGUCAUGCAUGAUUAUGGAAGGGUGUGUCUAUCAUUAUGUUUAGGAAAAUUGUAUUCGGCUCGAGAACAGUUAAGCAUCCCACUCUCCUGCUUAUUUGAUCAGAUUGAGAUCCUUCCAUCACUACACUCCAGUAAAGGGGAAAAAGUUCUUAAAAAUGCAGAUCCAGUCAUGGAUGUCCUUUGUAACAUAUUAUUUGACUCACAAAUUAAACCCAGACUGAAUCUGGUACUAGAUUUUAAACUGCUUUUCUCAGUAGUAUCCUGGAGUUGUGGGAGUGAGGCUAUCACCCAUUGCAACCCCUGCAUCUUAAAGACUAGAAACAUACAUAUGAAAUUAUGUACCAGAUUCCCCCUGGUAUGCAUGAAACCUUAAUUGGAGGAGCCAUUCUGGGGCAGUUUGUGCUGGCUUGCAGGUUAUGCCACCAUGAUCCUUGCCCUGUUGAGUGAAGCAGAGAAAACUUUCCACUCCUCAUGGUGCCCAAAAUUAGAAGACAAAGUGAUAUUUUUAAAAAGAGCAUUGGAUGGAAUUUGAAGGCUAAGUUAGCAAUAGAGGCCUUAAAAACACAGUUCUUGCUUGUUUUGCAUUUAUGGCAUUCCUUCUGUUCCCAGGUAGUGAAGAGUUAAUAUUAUUCUUUAAACAAUGAACAGAUGUAAAUGUCAUUAUGCUGGACUUUUAACAACAAACACAUUUCUUCUUCCUGCACAAUGCCAAUAGCUUUUGACAAAUAAGUGCUGUUUUCUGAGAAGUGGUAUACAGGAAAAAGAAGAAAGGAAGUUAAGUAUCUCUGAAGCAAGGCAGUACGUAUUUAUAAAUGCUUUUCCGCUCUCCCAUCUUCAGGGUAAGAUUGCUUAUUACUAGAAGAAGAGAAAAUACUGUGUUUAUCAGAAGCAUAAAAUAAUCAAGUGUUUGAUUUUUUAAAAGUUCAUUAACUAGUAAGUUGUAUUAUUUCAGAGUGCUCAUUUCCAAUACUGUAUUUACUGUGCAUUUUGCAUCUUUACUCUAUGAGAACAUGUCAGGGUUGCAGUUUUUCAGACUUGAAACAUAUAAUUGUGUCUUCAACACCUGUACCAUACUUUAUUCUCUUACCCCUAUGUCCCAGAAAAAUUCAGAGGACAAGCAUACAAAGAAUACCAGCUGCAACAAAUACUUCACUAUGAUCGGGUGGUCACUAGAUAAAUUGGAUCUAUUUUACAGGGGGAUAAUACCCUAUGGCACUCAUCCGGACAGAAUGAUUGAGGCUGGAUUGUGAGGUACCUGUGAAAAGGGCACUGUCUGUCCUGGGCUCCUUUAUCUUGUUUAGAUCACUGCAAGGUGAUCACGCCAGGUGGGGCUGCCCUUCAAGAGUGUGCAUAAAUUGCACGUAGUGACAACUUCAGUAGCGAAAUCGCUUUCUGGUGUGCACUUUGUUGUCUGCAUUUCACCAGCCCUACAGCCAGGGCCCAGGCUUCCAGCUUGCUUCUGCACACAAUUCGAGGAGCCUAGCCUAGCCUAGCCGAGGCUUUUUGUGAAUGGGGCGGCAUAGAAAUGUUUUAAAUAAAUAGGUAAAUAGCCCUAAGUGAUUUGGGGCCAGGAUAGCAGAAAGAUCACUUCCUGCCAUAUGGACUCGUCCAUAGUUUAAUUUCUGUAGAUUCUGCUAAGCAGCUUGCAGAUAAAGCUUUAAUACAGCUUGCCCCCUUGCCUCCUUUACAGGAUUCUGUGAGAGAUCUAGACGAUACUCCAAAUUUGAGGAGGGGGUGUCCAGUGGAGGAAAUGCACUCUACUGCUUCUUCCGACUUCUUUCUUACUGUAAAAAAAAAGUUGGUAAAGGAAAGAAAAAGGACACCUGCACAAUAUCCUCUGAUUGGAAGCAUCAGGAACCAUCCAUCUAGAAACAAACCAAGAAAGGCUAGGUUGAUGGGAAACAGGAAAGGGCUGUACUCGUGGUGGCAAUCCAGUUUUGGAAAUUUCUCCCUGAGGAGGUUAGACUUGCCCCCUUCACUGCUCGGCUGUUAAAACAGUUUUGUUCCGUGCGGUUUUCAAGCACUGUAACUAGUCGAGUCCUGAGGCUCCUCUUGAAGCGCACCAGCUCUCCUGUGGGAUGCUGAGUAAAGCCAGGCAGAGGGGAAGAAGUGACUGAUACUCUUCAAGCCCCUUGCGUGGCUGUUGAGAGCUGGAGGGGCUUCCGAGCCUGCCCAGUUCAUUCACUUACCAGGAACAGAGCUGGGAGACCGAGAGCUUCAUAUUGCUUGUGGAUCCGCCUCAUCUGUCCGUCUUCCUUUCCACCCACUGCAACACUCACUUUCCAUCCUCUGUUACGUCUCCAGAAGAGAAGCCUCCGUGGUGUUUUCUGCAGCUGCAGGGUGGAGUGCGGGAAAUCUCUACUCGGAUUUCCCCUUUCAAGGUCAUGACUGUGUCUGUGCCUCUGCAGGGGAAGUCACCUAUAACUUGUGGUCCCUUUUUGGCUUUUCUGAGCCAAAAGGUGACUUAGGAAUGUUGCUUAUAAAUAAAAACAUGUGAUACCAGAGGUUCCCACCACCAGACUGAACCCUAAACACAAUGUGAAACAGAUGCACGGUGCUGUCAGCACUGACUAUGUCCCUCGCUCUUUAGGGGUAGGACAGGCUGGUUCCCUACUGGCAGUUGACUGGUUUGAAACUACCCCGCCCUGGCUAGCCCCUUGCACGGAUGCAGGCUUCUGAUCUUGCAUACACUGCCCCUUUGCGUGGAGAUGUAACAAAAUGUACGCCUGGCUUUUUCCAGGCAUACGGUCUCGUCGUUUUUACAAUUAAAACAAACAAUCCUAUACUAUUUCUCUCUGCCACUCCUCAUGCACAUGGGAGGAACAUUUAAUGCAUGUGAUGAAAUACGGCCUGGGCUAGGAAAAGCACUGCCCGAAUAAAUUUGUUAGACUUGAUGGUGCCACACAGCUUUUGCGUGUGUCUUUGUGUGCCCACGUGCACACUCUCGUGUAAUCAGUCUGAACUGCUGCCAGUUGCGCACACGUUGCCUUACCUGGAAUGCGGCUCCCGCUGCAGAUAAGUAUUCGUGUGUUUAAGCAAGCAAAUACCUUCGCAUUCCAACUGUUCUCUGGUCACUCCGACAAAGCCAAGCUGAAAACAACCCCCUCCAGUACAGCGUGGGUGUUUGCUUACCUGUUGCAUCAGCGCAGGACGGCAGAGAAAAACCUGCAGGAUUUCCAUUGUUUGCAAAGAACGGAACUUAACAGAUGGGGCUCUAUUAGAGAGAAUACAGUAAAGAUUAUCCUAUCAAAGAAAUGAUGAUGAUGAGGAGGAAGCUGCCCGAGAACGCCGCAGGCGGGCACGGCAGGAAAGACUGCGACAAAAGGAAGCUGAUGAGCCACAGGGACAGGAGAAACCUGAAGUCAACGCCCAAAACAACAUAGCGGAAGAAGACAAUAAAAGUACCAUGACUACAGUUACCACCGUUACAAAUACGCAAGUUGAUGCAGAUGAUGAUGCGGUGUUCUUGGAGAGGCUGGCAAAGAGGGAAGAAAGGCGCCAGAAACGUCUUCAAGAAGCCCUGGAGCGCCAAAAGGAAUUUGACCCAACAAUUACUAAUGAGAGUCUGUCAUUCACCCGCAGAAAAGUGGAGAAUAAUGUUGAAGAAAACGAGACCCCAGAAAAAGAGAAGGUGGAAACCCACAGAAGACACUAUGAGCUGGAGGAAACUGAAACCAUCACCAAAUCAUACCAGAGGAAUAACUUGAGGGGAGAUGAGGAAGAUAAGAAGGAUGAGGAGGGCAAAGCAGAGGAACAAGAGGAGAAACCAAAGCAGAGAGCCAUAGAAGAUAAUCAGGUAGAAGUAACUUUAGAAAAGAAAACAGCAGACAGUGGGGAGGAAGCUGUCACUGUCAAAGUCCAACAUCUUGAUGGAAACACAGAUGAGCAGAACAUAGAGAAUGACACAGGUGUUCUGGCAGACAGUGGCGGGGCCAUAAGCAUUACAGUAGCCUUUGAAGAAAAGAAGGUUAAGGAGGAUGGGGAUGAAGCAGAGAAACAAAGGACAGAGGAGAAGCAGAGGCUUGAGCAAGAGGAAAUGGAAAGAGUUAAAGCAGAGCAGGAAAGAAAAGCUGAGGAGGAGAGAGAGAGGCUAGCAGCUGAGGAAAAAGAGCGGCUAGAAGCAGAGAGAAAGGCAGCUGAGGAAAAAGAGCGGCUAGAAGCAGAGAGAAAGGCAGCUGAGGAAAAAGAGCGGCUAGAAGCAGAGAAAAAGGCAGCUGAGGAAAAAGAGCGGCUAGAAGCAGAAGAAAAGGAAAGGAUCAAAGCAGAGGAAGAACAGAAAGCUGAGGAGGAGAGAAAGAGAAUAGAGGCAGAGGAGAAAAAAGCUGCUCAGGAGAAGGAGAGGCGUGAAGCUGAGGAGAGGAAAAGGGCUAAGGAGGCUGAAGAGAAGAAGGCAGCUGAAGAAAGAGCAAAGGCAAAGGAAAGAGAGAAGAGGGAGGCUGAGGAGCAGGAGAGAGCGAAAGCAGAGGCUAAGAAGGCAGCUGAAGAAAAGGCUAAGCUAGAAGAAGAAAGGUUAAAGGCAAAACAAAAGGCUGAGGAGAAAAAGGUAGAUCAGGUUAAAGGGAAGAAAAUAGAAGAGAAGAAGACAGAAGGCACACAGGUAAAAGAGAAGAAGGUACAAGAGGAAAAAUCCACAGCUUUUCUAAAAAAACAGGGGGAAGAGAAGUUGGUUAAAGUGGAAGCUAAAAAAGGAAAACUACAGGAUGAGAAACUUCAGCCGGCCUUCAAAAAAGAGGAGGUAAAAGACAGCAAGGUAAACCGAGACAAAGCACCCAAAGAGGAGGCAAAAUCCAUCUGGGAUCGCAAGAAGGGAAUUCCUGAGUCUAAGCCACAGAACGGGGAGCGUUUCCCUGAAUUCCCUGCUCAUAAGCUGAAGCACACAGAGAAUGCUUUUAGCCGCCCAGGCUUCAAAGCUGCCUCAGAUGCUGAAGAAGCCAAGACAGUAUCCCACCCAGAGGCUGGCAAACGGGUUGAGGAGCUACGCCGUCGCCGAGGCGAAAACGAGAGUGAAGAGUUCGAGAAGCUGAAGCAGAAGCAACAGGAGGCGGCUGUAGAACUGGAGGAGCUGAAAAAGAAGCGUGAAGAGCGCCGGAAAGUCCUGGAAGAGGAAGAGCAGAGGAGGAAGAAGGAGGAGAGUGAAAGGAAAGCUCGGGAAGAGGAAGAGAAGAGGCGGCUGAAGGAAGAAAUUGAAAGGAGAAGGGCAGAAGCAGCUGAGAAACGACAGAAGAUGCCAGAGGAGGCCCUGGCUGAUGAGAAGAAACCAUUUAAAUGCUUCACCCCGAAGGGUUCCUCUCUCAAGAUUGAAGAACGUGCAGAGUUCUUGAACAAAUCUGCCCAGAAGAGUGGCGUGAAACCCACCCACACAACCCAGGUGGUCUCCAAGAUAGACAGCAGGCUGGAGCAGUACACCAGCGCCAUUGAGGGCAACAAAGCUGCCAAGCCCGCCAAGCCCGCGGCCUCGGACCUCUUGGUUCCUGCCGAAGGCGUUCGUAAUAUCAAGAGCAUGUGGGAGAAAGGCAAUGUCUUCUCAUCGCCGUCCGGCACAGGAACGCCCAACAAGGAGACUGCUGGGUUAAAAGUCGGCGUCUCCAGUCGUAUUAACGAAUGGUUAACCAAGACCCCAGAAAACAGCAAGGCGCCCGCUCCAAAGCCAUCCGACUUAAGACCUGGAGAUGUAUCCAGCAAGCGCAACCUGUGGGAGAAGCAGUCAGUUGAAAAGACCAGUUCUUCCUCAAAGGUAACAACAGUGGGGAAAAAGUCAGAGACCAAUGCAGGUUUGAGAGAAUUCGAAAAGGAACACUAAGGAAGCCACUAAAGAUGUUGAACCAACUCGGUUUUAAAAACGGAAGUGCUAAAUUUGCCCCUUUCUUUUUAUAUAUAUUUAUAUUUGUUUACCAAAAGGCCUUUUUUUGGGUUGGGUUAUUUUUUUUUUCUGUUGCAUUAUCCCAGUUUUAAAGAACCAUGUAUAUUAGCACUGUAUUUAAUAACCAGUCUUGAGACAUUCAUUGUAAUAGUAGUGCCUUUGAACAAGAGCCAUGCUGUGAAAUAGAGACACUUCUACUGAUUAGUUCUAACGAAAUGGUGUGUCUGAAGAAACCAUUUUCAGCACACCGGAGCAGCAUUUGUGCCUUACAGACUAGGUCAUUCAAAACAAAACAUCCAGGGUGGGGGGGGGGGGGUUAAAAGGGAGAAGUAUAGCAACCUCUUUGCCACUGUUUGCUUACUGAACCUAGGAAAGUUUGGCAAGCCCCUGGUGAAUUCCCCGAGUGGAUUCUCUCCCCUGCAGAGCACAGGGACAGCAUCAUGUUAGGAAUGUUACUUUUGGCACCCAGCGUCAAGACCUUCAAGGAAGAGGCAUGCUCCUGCUCUCUGGUCCACACCACCAUUUUUUCACGAGUGCAGAGGGUACACCAUGAGGAUGUCCUGCAAGGAUGCCCACCUCUCGGUCACUUCUCUGAGGGGGAGGGCACUGCGCAAGUGACUGGGGCAUCACGUCCGGUCAUGGCACCCUCUUUAUGCUUGGGGUCGUGCCCUUGGCGGAGGUGAGUGGAGCAAGAGCCUUCUCCACUCCACAGAAAGGCUUGUCACUAGGCAGAACGUGGGAAACGGGGCUCAAAGGAUCCCUCUAAAGACCUUUCACACCUAUGGGAGAUGCCCUGUGUGGAAUGGGAUCCAACACUCAUUCAUUCUUUCUGCACUUUCGAUUGAAGCAUGGAAGAAAUGCCUUUAGGCUGCAGUCUUAUGCCCACUAACCUGGGGCUUCUCAGGGGCUUCUUUGCACGAGGCCAUUAUCGUGUGAUCACAAGGACCCACGGAAAUUGGCAGGGGCUUCACAUGGAAACAUUCUCCUCCAGGGGCUCCCCUGUGUUUACCGGCCAUUUUGUGGGGUGGGGGUUAGAGUGAGGAAAGUCGAGGCUGGAUUUCUUAUCUCAGGAUAAAAUGGUAUGAGAAGCCCAUGUAGUUUUGCAUUUCUGCUGUUUCAUAGCUAUACCACAGCACCACCUUGUGGUUGUGUAAUGGAAUGCCUAGAAAGGCCGAGAGAAAAAAUGCAAAGGCCUUACUCUUAAUCCAGCAAAACAAAAAAUGGAAGUAGAAGCCUCCAUAAAGUGGUAGCUUAAAAACCUCAUGGAGAGAAGCCCUUACUUUUGAGUAGACCUAUAUAGGAUGGCACUGUUAGUUGACUGUUCCUCCCCCAUUUUUGCCCGUGUCAAAUUUGCAUCCAAAAGGUGAAAACUGUUUUGUAGUUUUAAGUAUCUUUUUUAAAAAAUCCUAUUUAGUUUAAGUUAAUAACCUAAAUUUGGACGAUUGCGGUUGACGGUGGUACUGAUAACUUCUCUCUCUCUCUCUUUGUUAGCUGCAGUUUUAGAUUAUAUACCUAUAGCUUUGCAAAGCUUAGCUGUAUGGCACUGUUAAUGGUAGAAGCGUUUUAAUACCUGCUAGAGUACUGUAUUUAGUUUUUAAAAAGUCAUAACUAGCCAAUAUCACAACUUUUUUUAAAAAAAUACACACUUUUUAUAUUAAGAUUUCAUAAUUGCCAUUUGGCAUAUGACAAGAGGAGUAUUAGAUUUUUUUUAAAAAAAGAAUCAAAACCCUGUUAAUGGGUAAUAAAAAGUAUAGUUUUAAAGAGGGAGGAAAAGAGGGUAUUAAGCGUCAAGCAUAAGUCACGUGUAUAAACAUUGUAGCUAAUUUAUAUAAAACUACCAUAAUUAACACACACAAGAUACACAUGCUCAUACUCGGUUCCUACCCUACUGCACGCUAAUUUUCUGUUUGCAUCUCACAGAGUCAGUGUUUUACAAAGGGGAGGGCACAGUCUCAACACUUCUUGGUGUAGCUAAACUCCCGAGCGAGUUGAGAGGGUGGGUUAGCACAUCUUCCUGCCCUCUCCCCCUCCUUGGCCGUUUGUGCACUGCCACAGGGGGACCUCUGUGUACAUCCCCCACAGCCAGUUCAGCUGUUCCUCUCCUGCUCAGGUCUCAACAUACAAGAUGCACAUGGGAUUAAGAACCUGCUGAGUUGGGGGCAGGAGGAAGGGUACCCAAGGCCAAUUUUCUCCCCUACGUGUAGCUGCACUGAGGCGCGGGGGUUUGGCUGAUGCCCUGAUGUAUCUGCCGAAGAGCACAAUUCAAUGCAUAUGUAAGCAGGGGAAAAGUCCUACAACUGCCAGAGUUGUAGGGCUUUCUUCUCUCUGGACCUGCCUAGCAUCAUGCCCUGGAAGUUUUCUUCCAGCCGUAUCAUUUGUAUAUAGCAACCAUAAGGGUUUGAAUUUACAGAGCACCCGAUGUUCAGCAUGUACACCGUAUAGUAUGCAGGUAGAGUAAAAUGGGAAUGCCGUUUAGCAUUAUUUAGGUUUUAUAGCCCACCCUCAGAUGCCAUCGUAGCUCGAGGAUGGUUAUUCUCGCAUUGCUUUCCAUUUUUGUGGCAUCCCCAUUUCUGGUUUUCUGUGAAGAGGAUGUGGCCCCUCUCCCAGGGGAGCUUCUCUGCUUUCGCUGAACACCCUUGUUUACAUAAUGAAUUCCACUUGGGCUUUCGGUAUAGAGCGAAACCGUGCAGUGAAUGACUUUGGAUCUGCCUGUUGUUGUUUGGUUUGUAUUUUUUUAACACGCACCUUUUACAUCCGAGUUCCUGCAAUAAACCAGUAUGCUGAAUUUGCAAUUCACAAUAAAUGGACUUUGUCUACCA